AUGGGGCCUCAGGAAAGCCCGUUCAAACCCAAUGUUCUCCGAGGGAAAAUCGUUCUGAUAACGGGUGGUGGCUCGGGAAUAGGCUUGGAGAUCUCGAGGCAGUUUGGCAGGCACGGCGCUAGGCUCGCCAUCAUGGGUCGGAGGGAGGCGGUGCUACGAGCAGCAGCAGACGAGCUAGCGAAGGAAGGAAUCGAGGCCUUGCCUGUCAUGGGCGAUGUGAGGCGAAAAGAAGAUGCACACAGUGCCGUGGCUGCUACAGUGGAGAGAUACGGCCGCCUAGACGUUCUCAUCAAUGGUGCAGCUGGAAACUUCCUGGCAGCUGCGGAAGACCUUUCUGUUAACGGCUUCCGAACAGUGCUUGACAUAGAUGCAGUGGGCACGUUCAACAUGUGCUUGGCUGCCAGGCCAUUCCUGCAGAGAGGGGCGCGAGGCAGGGCGGAGGAGGAGGGAGGCGGAUCCAUUAUAAACAUCAGCGCUACUCUGCAUUACACUGCUGCUUGGUACCAAGUGCACGUCAUGGCGGCUAAGGCUGCAGUGGAUGCAACCACCCGGUCCUUAGCCCUCGAGUGGGCCACAGACUACGGCAUCCGAACCAACGCGAUAGCUCCGGGGCCGAUAGGGUCGACGCCAGGCAUGGCGAAGCUGGCGCCAUCUGAGCUGGGAGUCGAUGCCGGGGAGCUGAACCCGAUGCAGCGCAUGGGUGAUCCCUGGGACAUAGCCAUGGCUGCCCUCUACCUCACUGCUGAGACAGGUCCUGUGCGUGCAAAGCUGGCGCCGUCAGAGCUGGGCAUCGAUGCCGGGGACCUCAACCCGAUGAAGAGGAUGGGGGACGCCUGGGACAUAGCCAUGGCUGCCCUCUACCUCACUGCAGAAACUGGUCCUGUGCGUGCAAAGCUGGCGCCGUCAGAGCUGGGCAUCGAUGCCGGGGACCUCAACCCGAUGAAGAGGAUGGGGGACGCCUGGGACAUAGCCAUGGCUGCCCUCUACCUCACUGCAGAAACUGGUCCUGUGGGUGCAAAGCUAGCGCCGUCAGAGCUGGGCAUCGAUGCCGGGGAUCUCAACCCGAUGAAGAGGAUGGGGGACGCCUGGGACAUAGCCAUGGCAGCAAUCUAUCUCACAGCCGACACUGAUUGUAUGGGGGACGCAUGCGACAUUGCCAUGGCUGCUCUCUGCCUCAUGCUCAUACAGUGUAUGGGGGACGCAUGGGACAUUGCCAUGGCUGCUCUCUGCCUCAUGCUGAUACAGCUGUACCUGGGGCAAGCUGUACCUGGGGCAAGCUGUAUCUGGGGCAAGCUGUACCUGGGGCAAGCUGUACCUGGGGCAAGCUGUACCUGGGGCAAGCUGUAUCUGCUGCUGCCGCUUCCCUACCUCCGCCUCAGAGGGCCGAGCAGAAGCAAGCUCUUACUCCUUCGUUUCACCCUCUCCCCCUCCCAAUAUCCCCACCCCCCACUUCCUCCCCAUGCCCCCUCCCCUCCCCACACGCCCCCCCCCCUCCCCCCCCCCCCCCCCUCUCUUCCACUGGAACCCUUUCCCCCUCCGCCCCCCUAUCCCCCUCCGCCCCCCUAUCCCCCACCCCCCUCCCUCUCCCCCAUCGUGCACCUGCCAGGGAAGUAUGUGAACGGGGCGACACUGGUGGUGGACGGAGGGGGCUGGCUGUACCGGCCGCGUGUGUUUGACAAGGAGGUCAUCCGGGAGGUGUCUCGAGCCGUGGAGCGCCGAUCCAGACAGGCUGCACCUGGGGCAGGCGCACCUGGCGACGUGCUCUACUGCGCGCCGACACUGCACAUCCUCGCCCUCUUCCUCUGUCUCACUCCUUACCUUGUUCUCUACCGCCGCUCCCCUCCCCUUCAGGCGCCGCGCCGUGCCCUACUGCGCGCCUACAUUGCUCUGCACAUCAUCGCCCUGUUCCUCUUCCAGCUGCCUCUCUCACAGCAAUGGUGGCCCUUCGAGCAGUGGGGUCAGACACUUGGCCUCUUCCAAUUGGACGUGAGGGAGAUUCUGGAUCGGCAGCAGUUGCUGCAUGUGCUGGAAACGGCUCUCCUGCUCUCCGCCUUCGCACUGCUGUCUUCCCAUCGCUCCCUCGCUUCCUCCCAUCAUUCUUCCCGCACUCGGCCCUCCUCCCGCCCACCCUCGUCCCACGCUCGCCUGCACCUGCACCCAACCCCCAGCCACUUCCCCCAAAAUUCCUCCCAAACCUCCGCCUUGCUCAGGCCGAGCCUGCCUCUUCUAGCUUCGGAAGCAUCCCAGAUUCUGUAUCAGGUGAUUGAGGAGGAGGAGGAGGAGGAAGGGGAGGAUGCGGCUGGGGAGGAGGGGGAGGAGGAGGAGGGUGGGGGAGGGGAAUGGGAGCUGGAGCAACAGGAGGAGGUAGCUGCAAGAGCGCUAGCUGCUAGAGUGAGAGGGACAGGUGUGGGGGGAGGUGUGCAGUGGAGAGGGGGGGCACAGGCGAGGAGUAAGGUUGAGAGCAGGGAGCAGCAGAGAGGAGAGAAAGGGGGGAAUUGGACGGGGGAGAGGGAUGUCCCGUUGAGGCAGCUGGGAGCAGGCAGUGCUUCAAGAGUAGAGGAGUUGAUGGGGGAAGAAAGCGACCCUGCAGAUGUUGAGGAUGACAAUGGGAAGAGGCUCAGACGCCAGUUUACCGCACUGUCGUGGUCGUCCACAUCCCAGCGGCUCUCAUCGUACCUAGUUAACAUCACGCCUGCUCCAUUCCUUUCUCUUGCCACCAUCUGCCAAACUAUUGGGCUGCAUCGCUUCCCCAAUCCAGCCCUCCCCCUUGCUUUCCACUUCACCACAGCACUCCUCCUCACAGCCUAUGUCUUAGCCUGCACCGCCAUGCUUGCCUCUUCUCCCUCCUCCUCUGCCUCUACUGCCUCCUCUUCCUCCUCCUCCUCUGCCUCUACUGCCUCCUCUUCCUCCUCCUCCUCUGCCUCUACUGCCUCCUCUUCCUCUUCCACCUCUGCUGCAGAUGCUUCUGCUGUUUCUGCAGCAGGGAGCAUUGACAGGGGUGACAAUACGGGAGGGAUCAGCAGUGGUGGCGAAGCAAUGGCUAUGCCAGCAGCAGCACAGGGCAAAGAUGCAGUGGCAGCAGAAGUGGCAGCGGAACUGGCAGGAGCAGGGCUUGAUGGGUGGCUGUGCUUCCUGCUCUCCUUCUCCCUCUGGGCUGCCCGUCUGCUUGCCUUCUCUGCCUUUGUCCUCCUCGUGCUUGUCCAUGCGGCAGAUAAGCUCGCCCUCCUGCGCGCCCCGUAUGUGUUGCUGCUGGUGAUGCUGCUGGUCUACCCCUCACGGGCCCAUGCCGUCUACUCAGCCUGCAUCGCCUACUCCUCACUGCAUCUUCUACUGCUCUUUGCUGCUACUGACCCUGCCUUGGCUCGUCUCCCUCUGCCCGCUUACUGGAAAGCCCUGCUGUCACUCCUUGGCACCCCCCCCGCCCUGAUUCCCCAGGCCAUCACCCCUCCAGCAGGCAUCCUACUGCUUGCCUACGCCAUGGCCCGCGCCCGCUCCUCCCUGCAGCUCUCCACCCGCAUUCCCCCUGCCCUCACCCCCCAGGCCAACACCCCUCCAGCGGGCAUCCUCUUUCUUUCCUACGCCAUGGCCUGCGCCAGCUCCGCCCUGCAGAAAUCCCUUGCUACCACGCGCUCUCUCCCCCACCACCCCUUCCCAAGGCCGCUGCUCGAGCUAGCUGCCUCCUGCCCAAGCCUUUCUGACAUCUCAGAAAUAACCUUGCUCCCUGAUCUGUCUUUCCCCAUUCCCCGCCCCUCCUCCCCCCUGUUCCCAGGCAUCCCCCCUGCCCUGACCCCCCAGGUCAUCACCCCUCCAGCGGGCAUCCUCGUUCUCGCCUACGCCAUGGCCCGCGCCCGCUCCUCCCUGCAGAAAUCCCUCUCCGCCACACACUCUCUCCCCCACCGCCCCUUCCCGUGGCCGUUACUUGAGCUAGCUGCCUCCUGCCCGCCUCCCAUGGCUGCGGCUCUUCAGUUAAAGCCGCACCCGGACAGUCUCCUCUUGCCUCCCUCCAAAGGCCCACCAUGGCCGUAUCUCUGCUUGGCGUACCCUUCUGCCUUAGCAACAGAGGCCAACACCUACUUCAUCCUCACCGCAUUCUUCACCAUUCUAACCCAUAUGCACCCGUCUGCUGUCUCCCUCUGCUUCCUCCUGCUCCUCAUUACCUGGGUCUGGCUCUUUCUUUGGCCAUCCUCCUCCCGAACCUCCUCCCAAGCCUCACACCAGACCUCCUCCCACGCCGAAAGAUCCUCCUCUGCGUUGCACUCCUCUUCCCGAACCUCCGCCUUCCGUACCUCCGCAACAGCUCUCCGAGCCUACAUGGCGCCACUGACCGCCUCAUUUGCAGCUACGGUGCUCCUGCUUCGGUACUGUAGCUUGUACCCCGAGCUUCGAUCCAUCUUAGCCGCCCAAUUUGGGAUCGAUUUGUCUGUUCUGGAGCGGCUUGGGUUGUUUGCUCCCUUGGGGACGCCUGUCCACGUGGCAACUGCUGAUUGCACCACGUUGCUGAUCUGCCUUCGCGCUUAUUUCUGCUUUGAGGCGUUUCCAAAUGUGCAGCAACAGGGGCAGCAGCAACAGCAACAGCAGCAUGAUUCUCAAGCACACGCUGCCAGUCAGCUAAGGAGGCAGGUAUCAGGUGCACAGGCAGCAGCAGCACAUGCUACCACGGUUCCUCUCCUCUCCGCCCCUCCCUCUCGAAAGCUCCAUCUCAGUGCCAAGGGCUCGAAAUCCUUUCACUUCCCGCCUGCUGCUGCUGCUGCUGCUUCUGCUGCUGCUGCUGGUGGUUCUGCGGUUGAUGCUGCCAUUGCAGCAACAGCAGCAGGAGAAGCUUCGGCACCCGAACCAGUCGCCGAACCUGGAGGUUCGGCAGCAGCAGGGGCAACCAGCACUCCACCCCCAGUCAUCUCCUGGUCUCACGAACAAUACCCCCUUAUAGGCUUCUUCGGUUGGGUGUCAUUUUUCAAGCGCCUGCUCAUCCUACACUGCCCCACCGCCCUCCCCUGCGCGGCGUUUUUCGCUGCUCUGUAUCCUGUCAGCGCGAUAGGGUUUGGGUUCCUGCUGCUGGCGGUGUUGGGGUGUGUGAGGCUGAGGGCUGUGAGGGGCACGGCGCCGAGGUGGAUGUUCUUAUAUGGAGGGGCAGCACUGGUAGCGGAGUUUGGGUUCCAGGUGGUGGUGGCUCAGUGGGGGCUGGCGGCAUGGGUGGAACAGCACAGCACGAUUUUGCAGGUGAGGGGCAUGAAUAGGGCUGAGGGUUUAAGGGCAGGGGGGUUAAAGUUGAUGACUUUGGAGGUUGGGUUCCAGGUGGUGGUGGCAGUGGGGGUUGGCGGCAUGGGUGGAGCAGCACAGCAUGAUUCUGCAGGUGGUGGUGGUGCAGUGGGGGCUGGCGGCAUGGGUGGAGCAGCACAGCGCGAUCUGCAGUCGACUCAAAAGCAUCCCCCAUGCCGCAUCUCCUCUUUUGAGUCGACUCAAAAGCAUCCCCCAUGCCGCAUCUCCUCUUUUGAGUCGACUCAAAAGCAUCCCCCAUGCCGCAUCUCCUCUUUUGAGUCGACUCAAAAGCAUCCCCCAUGCCGCAUCUCCUCUUUUGAGUCGACUCAAAAGCAUCCCCCAUGCCGCAUCUCCUCUUUUGAGUCGACUCAAAAGCAUCCCCCAUGCCGCAUCUCCUCUUUUGAGUCGACUCAAAAGCAUCCCCCAUGCCGCAUCUCCUCUUUUGAGUCGACUCAAAAGCAUCCCCCAUGCCGCAUCUCCUCUUUUGAGUCGACUCAAAAGCAUCCCCCAUGCCGCAUCUCCUCUUUUGAGUCGACUCAAAAGCAUCCCCCAUGCCGCAUCUCCUCUUUUGAGUCGACUCAAAAGCAUCCCCCAUGCCGCAUCUCCUCUUUUGAGUCGACUCAAAAGCAUCCCCCAUGCCGCAUCUCCUCUUUUGAGUCGACUCAAAAGCAUCCCCCAUGCCGCAUCUCCUCUUUUGAGUCGACUCAAAAGCAUCCCCCAUGCCGCAUCUCCUCUUUUGAGUCGACUCAAAAGCAUCCCCCAUGCCGCAUCUCCUCUUUUGAGUCGACUCAAAAGCAUCCCCCAUGCCGCAUCUCCUCUUUUGAGUCGACUCAAAAGCAUCCCCCAUGCCGCAUCUCCUCUUUUGAGUCGACUCAAAAGCAUCCCCCAUGCCGCAUCUCCUCUUUUGAGUCGACUCAAAAGCAUCCCCCAUGCCGCAUCUCCUCUUUUGAGUCGACUCAAAAGCAUCCCCCAUGCCGCAUCUCCUCUUUUGAGUCGACUCAAAAGCAUCCCCCAUGCCGCAUCUCCUCUUUUGAGUCGACUCAAAAGCAUCCCCCAUGCCGCAUCUCCUCUUUUGAGUCGACUCAAAAGCAUCCCCCAUGCCGCAUCUCCUCUUUUGAGUCGACUCAAAAGCAUCCCCCAUGCCGCAUCUCCUCUUUUGAGUCGACUCAAAAGCAUCCCCCAUGCCGCAUCUCCUCUUUUGAGUCGACUCAAAAGCAUCCCCCAUGCCGCAUCUCCUCUUUUGAGUCGACUCAAAAGCAUCCCCCAUGCCGCAUCUCCUCUUUUGAGUCGACUCAAAAGCAUCCCCCAUGCCGCAUCUCCUCUUGUUCAAAUGGCUGGGCUUAUAUGAAGACACUGCUAUUAGUUGCACUCACUGUAGCAGGAGGGCGAAUGUGGGCUUUAACGUCUGGUUGUACUGCCAAAUCGGUGCUCCUAGCAGCUUGCCUGCUCCACCAUGCCUCCUGCCACUGGCUUGCCGAGCUUCCUCCGGAGCUUCGGGCCGACCCUAAGCGCGAGCUGUGCAUGCUGUUUGUGCCUCCCGAAGCUGUGGCUGCGGCUCGGCAUGCUGCUUCGGUGCAUGCAGAGGAGAUGACGGUGAGAGGGGGAGAGGAGGGAGGAUUAGGGAGGGGAGUGGGAGGGGGAGGAGGAGAGGUGGGAGGAGGAGGGGAAGGGGGGGGAGGAGGAGGAGGAAGAGGAGGAGGAGGAGGAGGAGGAGGAGGAGGAGGAGGAGGAGGAGGAGGAGGAGGAGGAAGGGGAGGAGGGGGAGGAGGGGGAGGAGGAGACAGCACAGAGAAGGACGCACUGAAGGAUUUCACCCCUCCCCAAAGCCAGAUUGGGAGAGCCGGGGAAGGAGGAGGUGGAGGUGGAGGGGGAUCAAAACGGGCAUAUAAGCUGAUUAGCUUCCGGUCGUGGAGUGUGGGGGACUUGGAGAAACGAGCACGAGGUGCUGCUGAUGUCUCCUCCUCUGCCUCCUCCUCUUCCUCAAUCUCCUCCUCUGUUUUCUCUCUCGGAGGGUCUUGGAGGCGAGGCGAGAAGGCAGUAAGUGGUGCUUCCCUGGAACGGCAUGAGGAGGAGGUUGAGGUUCAGGCAUGUAGCGUGGAAGAGGGGGAAGAGGAGGGUGAGGGGGAGGGGGAGGGGGCGGGGAAGAGUGAGAAGGGGAAGACAGAGGAAGGGAAAAAUGGCAGGGGCACAGGGGGGAUUGAUAAGAUUGGAUCUGCGUAUGAUGAUGAAUUUGAUGAGGAGGAUGAAUAUGAUGAGGAGGAUGAGGAUGAGGAGGACCAAUCAGAGGAGGCGCGGCGGUAUCGGCAGCAGCUGCGGUCGAUGUGGGCAGCGGUGCAAAACACAGUGGCACAUUUCUUCUCACUCUACGGAUUUCACGUGGUCGUUCUCUUCCUGCUGGUCGCCAGUUUCGCAGUCAAGAAAAUUGUCUCGCUGCUCUACACAGCAGUUGUCGGCCUCUGCAUCGCCCUCCCUCUCCACCUCACCCCUCCGUGCCUGAGCUGCGCCUGUGAUGCUGUGGUCGUGCUCUUCCUGCUGGUCGCCAGUUUCGCAGUCAAGAACAUCGUCUCGCUGCUCUACACAUCCAUCGUUGGCCUCUGCAUCGCUCUCCCUCCCCGCCUCGUGCGCCUGCUCUGGCCGCUCCUUGUAGUCACCUUCGCUGCAAUCACCCUCUGGCAGUACUACAUGCUCGCCGGCCCCCCUCCCUUCAACCAUCCCCCUGCAUCCCCUCCCAUGCACACCCCUCCUGUAUCCCGUUCCUUUCACUACUUUUCUAGACCCCCUCCCUUGGACAAGCCUGGAACGCUACUGAAUCCCCAGUCCCCUCAAGACAACCAGCGUUCGCUUCUGGGUGUCGUCCUCCGGCUGCAGCCACAUCUCAGCUCUCUCUACUUUCCACCACAGCCACGUCCUAGCUCUUUCCCCUUCUCCCCACAACCACACCCUAGCUCUCCCUUCAAUCCGCCUGCCUAUUCCCCCAAUAGUCCUGCCGCAACUGCCAGGACUGCUGGCUCAGCACGGACUCACAGGACCCCACCUGCUGGGACUGCUGGCUUGGUGAGUGCGGUUGGGCUGGGUGCAUAUAGUCGUUUUCCUUUCAUCGGUAAUCAUGCACUUCCUUCCCACCUCUUCUCAUAUUCAUGCACUUCCUUCCCACCUCUUCUCAUAUUCAUGCACUUCCUUCCCACCUCUUCUCAUAUUCAUGCACUUCCUUCCCACCUCUUCUCAUAUUCAUGCACUUCCUUCCCACCUCUUCUCAUAUUCAUGCACUUCCUUCCCACCUCUUCUCAUAUUCAUGCACUUCCUUCCCACCUCUUCUCAUAUUCAUGCACUUCCUUCCCACCUCUUCUCAUAUUCAUGCACUUCCUUCCCACCUCUUCUCAUAUUCAUGCACUUCCUUCCCACCUCUUCUCAUAUUCAUGCACUUCCUUCCCACCUCUUCUCAUAUUCAUGCACUUCCUUCCCACCUCUUCUCAUAUUCAUGCACUUCCUUCCCACCUCUUCUCAUAUUCAUGCACUUCCUUCCCACCUCUUCUCAUAUUCAUGCACUUCCUUCCCACCUCUUCUCAUAUUCAUGCACUUCCUUCCCACCUCUUCUCAUAUUCAUGCACUUCCUUCCCACCUCUUCUCAUAUUCAUGCACUUCCUUCCCACCUCUUCUCAUAUUCAUGCAUGCCCGUAUUUCCCGUACCUGCCCGCUCUGUCAUGCAACCCGUUUAGUAUAGUCGGUUUGUAUAAGUACGACUAUGGGCUGAGGAUGGACACGAGGAGUGCAGUGGUCGAUCUGACCAUGUUUGUGCUCAUCACUCUCUUGGCUCACAGCCUCCGAUCGGAGCUCUUCCAGCAAGUGCUGCUCUUCACAACCAAGCAGGAGGUGAGGCACCAGCAUUGCCUCAGAUCCGACCUCUUCCAGCAAGCAGGAGGUGAGGCAAGGCACGAGGCAUGGGUAGGCGGGAAUGGGAACGGCAGCGGGCAGGAAAGGUGCUGGCGGCGUGGCAGGGGGCAUCUGUGGCAGCUCAACGCCCACGUGUCCCUCUACUCCCCUUUGCUCCCUUCUCCUAACAGGGGAGCGGGACAGGCAGAGAGCAGCGGAGAUGGUGGCUGCGUGGCAGAGGCAGCAUCUGCGGCAGCUCAACGCCCCCCUGGUUCCCUAUCUCCCUGUGACUUCACUCCACCUCUCUCCCCCUCCCAUUUCCCUUUCUACCAGGAGCGGGACAGGCAGAGAGCAGCAGAGAUGGUGGCGGCGUGGCAGAGGGAGCAUCUGCGGCAGCUGCAGCAGGCGGAGGAGAGGCGGCGGCAGCGCAGCGAGGAGGUGCAGCGCAUGAAGGAGGGUAUGCGCCGCCUCCACUCCCACCUCGCCCUCCUCAACUUCCCUCAGUCUGAAAGCCCUGGUGUGAGAGGGGGUGUGGCUGGGUCCAGGGCGGUUAGGCUGGCGCAACAGCAUCAGCAGCAGGUGCUGCAACUGAUGCUGGCACAGGGGAGGGUGGGAGGAGGAGGAGGGGGGGAGAGGGGAGAGGGUGGCGCAGGAGGGGGGCGAGGGUCGGUGCAGCGGUGUGGAUGGGAGGAUCUGCCUUGUGAUUCGUCAGCAGCUGCAGUUGUUCAGAAUGAGGUCCAGAGUGGUGCAGAUGGUGCUGGUUACGGUGGUGGUGCUGCUGCUGCUGCUGCAGCAGCUGAAGUUGUCACUACCACCACCACCACUGCUCGUGCCACAUACCACCUACCCCAAUCAACCACUUCAAACACAGCAGGUCAACCCCCUCCCACUGCCCUUCUUCCUCCCGCCGCACUCUCCUCUCCUCACCCCAUACCAUCCAGUACCUUAUCCACUCCCUCACCCUCCCCUACGUAUUUCCUUCCCCUACUCUACCCUUCUUCCUCCAACACCACCUCCCCAGUUGUACCUCCCCCAGCUGGCCCCUCCCCCGUGGGUCCUGUGCUGUCUGACAGUACAGAAUCCCCCAUGCUCCCUCCUGCUUGUACUGGUCCCUCUUAUAACGCGGUCAUGGAGAGGGCUAGGGCUGCUUCUGGAAGGGGAUUGGUUGAUAGGGAAGGGGAGGUGUGGGGAGGAGGAGAAGCGGGAGGGAGAGUUGAGGGGGUGGCAACAGCACCCCCUUCAGUCUCCCCAGAUACAGGAGCAGCACCAGUCACAGGAGUGGCAGCAGCAGCAGCAGCAGCAGCAGCAGCAGCAGCAGCAGCGCCACCAGGAAUGUCAGUAGCAGUGGCAAUACCACCAUCAUCAACAUCAUCACCCUCAGUAGCAGUACCACCAGCAGCAAGAGAGGUAAGGUUACGGGGAUCAUCCCUCUCCUCCCCUCCCUCCUCCUCUGCUCCUGGCGCUUCCUCCACCCACCCUCCCAGCACCGCCAACACAGGUGCCGCUAUCAGCCGAUGGAAGCGGGCGGCAGGGGGCCUGGUCGGGCGGCGGAGCGGGCGGCUGAUUCCGGCUGGUAUGCAGCAGAUGAUUGGCCAGGGGGUGGCUCAGGUGCAAUCCAUGGUGAUUGCGGGGCUAGAGGAUCUGCUAGAUUUGGAUUCGGAAGGAGGGGAGAUUGGUGGAGCGGGGUUGAGUGCGGUGAGAAUCGAUGGAGGUGGUGGCGGGGCGAGCAGGCUCGGGUUGAGUGCGGUGGAGAGCGGUGGGAUGGGAGUCACAGGUGUGGGGAGUGAAGGGUUGAGCAGCUCUGGUGGUGGUCUUUAUGAGGGUAGCCUGGGUAGGCUAGACGGGGGUAGUGUUGGCGUUUCAAGUGUGGGUGUUGUUUCGAAUGCCAGGCCACGCAGCAGUAGCUGCAAUUGGCCUGAUCCCUCUUCUUGUGAGGGGACUCAAACUCCGGUGGGUGAUUAUGACUCACAAUCUCAGCGGCUGGAAGGUGAGAGUGCGGGGUUCCUUGCGAGUGCCAGGCCGCACAGCAGUAGCUGCAAUCGGCCCAAUCCUUCUUCUAGUGAGGGGAAGGAGGGAGGGCCAGACAGUUUGAGUGCAGCACAGAGCUCUGAUAUCCUCCUAAUAAGCAGUGAGGUGGAUGUGUCAGCUGUGGCUGAUGCGCUGCCAGCUGUGCUAGAAGAAGGACCAGACACUUUGAGUGCAGCGCUGUGCCCUGACAUCCUCCCAGAAACACGCCUUGUCAGCAGUGAGGUGGAUGUGUCAGCUGUUGCCGAUGCGCUGCCAGCUGUGCUAGAAGAAGGAUCGGGCCAAUCAGACGCCAGUGCUGUUCGGAGGGACGUUUUGGGGAAUGAGAUUGUAGAGGAGGGGGCGGUGACUGGUGAUGGCGGUGUGGGAGCAUCAGGGUUUGCAGGAGAGGGAAUGGGAGAAAUUGUUGAGGGGUUGAGCAGGGGAGGGGAAAGUGGAGAGCGAGUGGAGGAGAGGGGGGUGAGUGCUUCUGAGGCUGCUGCUGCUGCUUCCAUAGCAGCAGGAGGAGGGUUUCAGCCAGCAGCAGCACCGUCUGCUUUUGAGAAUUCUGAAAAGCCGUUGAGUGCACCAGAGGCUGCUGCUGCUGCCAUAGCAGCAGGAGGAGGGUUCCUGGAAGCAGCAGAAGCAGCUGCAGCUGCUGUGUUGAGUCGGCAUGGGUCGACGGUAACAGCAGGAGAGGGGAAGGGCCCAAGGGGGAGGGAUAGGGGGAGCGGAUUUGGAGGAGGGGGAGUGGCAGUGGGAGAAGGGAUGGGUCAAGGCAUGGGAGGAGAACGGACAGGAGAAUGGAUGGUCGAAAGGACAGGUGUAACAGCUGCAGCAGCAGAAGGACCAGCAGUUGGUAACAAUGUAACCACCACCUCCCUUCCCUUCUCCUCCUCCUCCGCCCUCACCACCACUCCCGUCGCCACCACCUUUCCCUCUCCCUCUCCCUCCUCCCCCACCCGCCCCCGGGCCUUCUCCCGGCUGCGAUGGCUCCUCCACUCGAACAGCGACGUGGUAACCGGCGCGUUCAUGGUAACCGCAUUUUGCUGGAACCUCUCCCUCUCCACCCUCGUGUUCCCGCUCGCUCUCUUCCUGUACGCGCUCGUGUCGAACCCGUCUCCCGGCCCGAGGUUCUGGAGGGGAAUGUUGGUUUAUUCCGAGGUGCUGAUUGCGCUGGAGUAUCUGUAUCAGAUCCCCACGCAUGAUGGGUGUGCGAGCUGGGCGGGGGGGAAUGGAGCGGGAGGGAGCGGGAAAAAGGGAGGGGGCGGUGGAGGGGGUGGUGGAGGAGGAGGAGGAGUGGGAGGGGGAGGGGGAGGGGGAGGGUUUGCUGGGUGGAUAAGGGCGGGGUUUGGAAUGGAUGGUUUGGAUAGGCUGUUUGCUCUGUUAGGCGUCCGCCCCUACCCGAGCUGGUUCGUUUGGAAUGUGCUUCCUCUCUUUGCAGUCUACCUUGCUCUGCUUGUUCAGACCGCUAUUUGUCAACGGAACAGGCAGUCUAAGGAUGCUAAGGAAACUAGGGUUUCUGGGGAGGCUAGAAGCUCUGUGAAGGUUGGCAGACCAGAGGGGGAGGAAGAGGAGGAGGUGAGGUUUGGAAGUGACCGUGGCUCGGAUGGUGGUUCGGGUCGAGCUGGACAGGGAGUGGGUGGGGGAGGAGGCGGAGAGAGAGGGGAUAGGGAAGAGAGAGGGGGUUGGACUGAGGAGGGUGGUUUCUGGGGUGGAUUGAAGGGCAUUGCGAGGGUGGUUGGUCGGCUGGUUGGGGUCAGCCAGGCUGUUCACGUGCAUGCUUACGUGGACUGCGAUGCUGACGUGGACACUGCUGACAAGGAUGAUGAUGGUGCUGACGUGGAGGCAGCUUCGCCACUGCUGGGCCGCAGCACGCGUGCAUCCACGUUCCCGCAGUCAUCCUUCCAAACAGCCUCUCACUCGCCUGGUCAAGCACAUGCUCCAGCCUUCCCUCUCACCCCAGAUGGGUGGUCGGCCAAUCAGAUGCUGCCAGGUGUCAUCGAGGGGGCGUUCAACUUUGUGCUAUCGCAUGCUGAUGACGCGGCAGCACCUGCUGAUGUGGCAGUGCCUGCUGACGUGGCAGUGCCUGCUGAUGUGGCAGGAGCUACACAGAGGAGAGGAGGCCAUGGUGGAGUGCAUAGCGUGCAAUGCUCUGGCUCUCUCAACACCACCGCAUUCAACACCUCUGCCCCUGCAGCAGCCAACCCACAUGAAACAGUGAACGCUCCGCCUCCUGUUGCUCCUUCUGCUGCCGGUGCACGUGGCCGAAGGGAGAUAGACCUAUACCCCUACAUCUUUUGUGUCGACAUCCUCGCGUUCUUCUACGUGGGGCUCUUCUACCAGUCGGCUGUGCCAUGCCGUGGUCGCAGGGAGGUGGAUCUAUACCCCUACAUCUUUUGUAUCGACAUCCUCGCUUUCUUCUACGUGGGGCUAUUCUACCAGUCGGCUGUGCGAGACAGGUCGCCCUUUGAGGAGGUCAUUCACACGGGGGACCAGUUCCCUUACAACUAUGUGGCUGUGCUCAUGACGCAGUUCUUCCUCAUAGUCACCAACCGCAUCCUCUACCUGGUCUUCUCCGCCCCCCUGCGCAUCCUCUACCACCUCACAUCCCUCCUCCUGCACCUCGGCUACCCCAUGCGCCUCUUCUGGAACGCCAACCUCAUUGCCUCCCACAACACCAUCCGGGCCUACCUCGCCAUCAAGUCCAUCUCCCUCGCGCUCUCAGCGCUGCAACUGAAGCACGGCCCGCCGGGACCGGCUAGCAAGGCGACGCCGUUUCUGACUAGGAGGGCCACGUGGCUGCGCUGGCAGCUGUUCCGGGUCUACCGCAUGCUGCCGUUUCUCUACGAGCUCCACUUGAUUCUCGACUGGUGGUGCACGAAAACAACUCUGCCUCUGUAUGACUGGCUCAAGCUGGAGGACAUAUACGCCAGUCUCUACCUCGUCACCUGCGAUCGCAAGAUAGCACGUGCAGGGCACAAGCCGGGGCAGCCGCAGGGGUGGGGGGUGAAGCUCAUGGGGGGUGCCUUCUUCUUCCUCGCUUUAGUCACAGUCAUCUGGGCGCCCAUGCUGAUCUACAGCAGCGGCAACCCUGCCAACUACCCCAAUCUGGUCACAGACGUGCGAGUCAAUCUGAUCCUGCAGACCUGCUCCGGCUCCUUCCCCAUCUUUGAAGGAGGGCAAGAGCGCCUGCUGCUAGAUCCUCUGCUCAGCCCAGGACCUGCAACCCCUUUUCAGCUCACAGAUCCACAGCAGCUGCAGGAGAUGCGUUUCCUGGAAGGUUCCUUCUCAGGUGUUCCAGAGGAAGGUUCCUUUGCUGGUCGGGAAGAGGAGGACGGUUCUUUGGGGGUUUCUGGAAGGUUCCUGGAGUAUCCUGAGGGGAUGGCGGCUUCUGUGGCAAUGGAGCAGGAUCCGGAGGAAGGUUCGCAGGAAGCUGCUAAGGAUGCAGUGGAAGGUUCCUGGAACCAGGGCUCCUACAGGGAUGAAAGUCGUCGCACACUCACUGAAACUGAGUACUCUGGUAGUAGAACGCCUUAUAGUGGUAGCGGAUCUUCUUAUAACGAGUCGGUCCCACAACAUGAGCAUGUGCUUGUUGUACCCUUUACAAGCAUGCCCAAUGCAUUGCACCACAGCAACCACCACGGUUCAGCUGCUGACAGUACUAGUUUUAAUGUACAGCUACCAGCAGCCACACAGUCUCCUCCUCUUCCCCCUUCCUCUCCUCCCAUCCCUGCCUCCUCUCCUCCCCUCUCUCCACCCUCUCCCCCACCCCCACCUCGAAUUCCCUCCUGGAACGUCUCAGACGACCCUAUCCUGAAUUCCACGGGGUAUUUACCCGUCGAUAUGCGCCUGGUGUGCGUUUACCCCGACUCCCUCUCCCUCUUCCAGCUAACACCCCCCGCUGAGAGCCGGCUAAGAGAAGCACUUAGAAGAUCGGCCACAGGAGGAGGGGGCGGCAGAAGCAGAGGAAGGAUAGGCGGAAAGUAUAGAGUGAACGGAGGGAGAAGAAGAGAUUUGUCAGGAUCAUCACACGUAGAAAAUUCCUUCCCGUAUCGCCGAAUUCAACCUUCACUUCCCUCCAUCCAACCAGCCUCCUCCCGUCGCUCCCUCCAAGCCUCUUCCCAAGCCUCUCUCUCCGGUCCGCCAGACCCGUGUGCGCCAAGCCUUAUCGUCCAAUGGUGGUUCACACGCCCCCGCCCUGUACGAAGGGAGGUGGCAUCAUGGGAGGAGGUCUAUUCCGGCCUGCCCCCCGCUCUGCUUACUGAUGGGCUGCUGGGGAUGCUGGAGGGGAGGAAAGCACCUGCUAGGCUACUGGAGGGGAGGAAAGCACCUGGCGUUGGGGGUAAUGGUGGUGGGGCCUUGGGGUUGCUGCUGCCAGAGUUAUAUCCGGUCUACUGGAAGCUUCCUGGGUUCGGCAGGGCGAGAGAGCUGGAAGCUUCCAAGGUCCGUUCUGCCUGCUGCCUGCAACUGCAAGAUGACUCAACCACCACCAGCGGCAGCAGCAGCAGCAGCAGUGGCAGCAGCAGCAGCAGGAAUGGAGGAAGUGGUAACAGCCGUUGGUGGGUGCUACACUGUGCUCCUCUCCCUCCCGACUCCACUGGUACUCUCGGUGUGUGUUCUUACAACACAUCACAAAACUCCACCCUUUCACGUGGUAGCAUUGGGUGGGGCAGCAGCAGCAGCAGAUGGGGCAGUGGCGGUUGGGGCAGCAGAAGGGAGGGAGCAGAGGUGGAGAUGCGAGGAGAAGGAAAGGGUGGGAGUGUUGCAGAGAGGGGGGGGAGGCUGGAGGACA